CGGAACGGACCUGCAGUGCAGUGCAGAAGCAGAGCUUUAGGAGAAAAGCUGUUUUAUUAUUAUAUAUAUAGAGAUAUUUGAAAUAUGUUUAAAGCGCAGUUUAGAGUGUAAAUCCAGCGACAGGUUGGAGUCGCUUGAAUUCUGAAAACUAGCAAGCGGAAACAGAAGAGAUGCCUAAUGCCACUACAAGACCAAAGAGAACGAGGCGUCAUAGACGAGCUCAGAGGGAAGAUGCUGCAAGAAAUGAGCUGGUGUCAAGAUCCUUGGAAAGUGCUCAGCAGUGUCUGUUCAGUGAGGACUAUGGCACUGCUUUUGUUCACUAUCUGUUAGUUCUCAACCUCGCUCCAGCUCUGAAAGACUUUGCUAAUGAGUCAUUUAGAUUUACCUUGUUUAAAUGGGCAGAAGAGCUGGACUCUCUUGGACGUAUCCAGGACCUCUUUGAUUGCUAUGAACAAGCUAUGGAAUUGUUUCCUGUAGAUGAGAUUAUAGUGAACAGCAUGGGAGAGCACCUCUUCAGAAUGGGAUUUCGGGAUGAGGCUGCUGGCCAUUUUUACAAAGCCCUUAAACUGCGGCCAGACUUUCCAGAGGCGAAAGAGAACUUUUACCGCGUUGCCAACUGGUUGGUGGAGCGCUGGCACUUCUUAAUGCUCAACGACCAUGGACGAAACCACAAGUACCAGUUAGCUAUAAAGAAGGCUGUUGAGGGUGGUUGCAGCUCAGUUCUGGACAUUGGAACAGGCACUGGCAUCCUCGGGAUGUGUGCAAAAAUGGCUGGCGCUGCUGAGGUCUAUGCCUGUGAGCUGUCAAAGACAAUGUAUGAGCUGGCAUGUGAGGUGCUCUCAGCCAAUGGGAUGGCGGAUUGCAUCAAAAUCCUUCACCGGAAAUCUCUGGACAUGGAAAUUCCAAAAGACAUCCCAAACAGAGUGUCGCUGGUUGUUACAGAGACUGUAGAUGCAGGGUUGUUUGGUGAAGGCAUCAUUGAGACGUUGAUUCAUGCAUGGAAGCACCUGCUCCUACCUGCUCCUAACCCUGGAGAACUCUUAUCCAGCCCAUCACAAACAGGUCGGGUAAUACCUGCUGGAGCAACUGUGUUUGGAGUCGCUGUGCAGUGCCCAGAGAUCCGAAGACACCACAGGCUGUGUGUGUCUUCGGUGGGAGGCUUGGAUCUGUCUGCAGUGGGACAGAUCUACAGUCCUGUGAGCUGUUUGGCUGACACGGAGGACAGCACUGAGCCCUACACCACUGAAAGAUUGAGCCGUCUGCGAGGAGGAUAUAUUCAGCUCACACAGCCAUUCACAGCUUUGGACAUAGACUUCAAUAAUGUGCAGGAGCUGGAGGGUCUUUGCUCCAGGGAGGUGGUGCAGCUGUGCUUGUGUGUCACUCAGGAUGGCAUUCUUGAUGCUCUGGCAGUUUGGUUUCAGCUACACCUGGAUCAGGACAACCAUCUGUCUACUGGCCCACAAGAAGAAACAUGCUGGGAGCAGGCCAUCUAUCCAGUGCAGAGCACUUUCAACUCGGUGAAACGUGGUGACGAAAUACUGGUGGAAGUAUCCUGUAAAGACUCUUACCUGAGGCUAUGCUGUGUUGCCAUCAUAAGAGACGGAAACACAAUCCAUAUGGACAGUGCAACUAAAGGAGCUCCUAAAAGCCUCCCUGCGAACCCUGAGGUGGAUCUGUGCAGUGCUCUGGCUGGCCUUCAAACUAACCAAGAGAAAGCAUCUCUGGCUUUCAUGCUGGAGUCCUCAGAGAUUGCCCUCCUCAACAACACAGCCUAUCACAGCAGCUUCCAGAAGGCCAUGAGCAAACUUCUAGAUUCUCUACAGUCAACUAGAAGGCAACAGGAGUCUAACGCACAACCAGAUCCAGUUUACGUGCUCGACGUCUCUGAGGGCUUUUCGGUUCUUUCCAUGAUAUCAGCCCAAUUAGGUUUCAACAAACAAAUCGGCAGUAAUUCUGGACUGGUUAAAGCCUACAGCUCGGUUGAAAAGGAGCAUCACCAGAAUCUGCUGAAACUGCUGGCCAAAGGGAACGGGGUGCUUGAAAGCGCACUGGAGUUUUGGUUGACUCAUGUGGAAGACGAUUCUGCCGUUCUCCAGCGACCAGCAACAGAGAAGCUCUGGAGCGCCAUCAUACUCGACUGCAUAGAGACCUGCGGCCUUAUUAGACAGAAACUGCUGGAGAAAGCAUCAUUGGCUAGGUGUUUGUUGGAGGACGGUGGACAGAUUUUUCCAGAGCGCAUUGUGAUCCAUGGGAUGCUGGUAGAGUCAGACACGCUGCUUCUUGAAAACGCUGUUCAGGGAACCGAACCAACACUCGGGUUUAACAUCGCUCCAUUCAUCAAUCAAUUCACAGUUCCUGUUCAUAUGUUUUUGGACCUGUCCACCCUUGAAUGCAGGCAACUUAGUGAACCAGUUGAACUCUUCACACUGGACCUCAUGAACAGCAGUGCCAACUACACUGACAAACAAGUCAAAGUGCAGGUCAGCACCUCAGGCAAGGUGAGUGCCAUUCCCUUCUGGUACCAGAUCCAUCUGGACUGUUGGCAGAGCGUCAGCACCUACAGCAAGGAUUCUCACUGGAAGCAGGCGGCAGUGGUCCUCCAGCAGCCUCUAACCGUCAGCAGAGGAGACUGGCUUCAACUCAGCGUCCGCCUGCAUAAAAGCAGCAUCUCCAUUACAGCCGUUAAAGAGGAGGAGCCAGGCGCUAAUGAUGUCAACACUGAGGUGGAGUCUGCGACCAAUGACACAUGAUGAGAGGGACUUUAACAUCAUGUAUUUUAAAACACUCUAUGAUCAAUGAAUUUGGCAGUUGUUUAAUUGCUAUACAGUAAACAAAGUUAUUUACAAAACGAAACACUUAUCACAAAAUAUUUCAACAGACUUUUGUCAGAACAUUAAAAAAAUUUCACUAG